GGUAGCAAAAGGAUCAGAGAUGCUAAAAUCUGGAAUUUUAUUUCCUUCAAUUCUCUUGCCUGCAAACAGCCCUAAUUAUUGCGCUAUCAUCUGCCUAUGGUUGGGCCCUUGGUUUCCUCUAUGGUUACAUUACACACAAGCUAGCUCCUGUCCAAACUUCUGACCCCGCCGGCGGCUCCCAGUCCCCCAAGCCCAGAGCUUUCCCAUCUUUCCUUCUUCACCUUUCGAAGAGUGCCCCCCUUCGUUUGUCGACGCGCUCCGACUCCAUGCCGCUGUCGCCGCCGCCGCCCUCCUCCAGCCCGAGGCAAGCAGCGAUCCAGGAGCUCAGGAGGGGUACCCAGCUGGCGGAGCUGCUCAGGCAGCAGGUAGAGCUCAUCCCGGAGCCUAACCGCCGCCACGCUGCAGCGGUCAACGUGGGCGAGAUAUCCAUGGCUAUGGAGUCGUCGCUCUCCAUCCUCCAGUCUCAGAUGGAGCACCCCUUCUCUGAGCCUGAGGUCAUGGCGGCUGCGCUCACUGCCCACUCCGACGGAGGCACCAGCGGGGAAAGAAAUGGCGGUCCCGUGGCCCGUACAAGGAAGGUGAGGGUGCGGCACCGGCCAGGCAGAGGCAGGCCUGCAGCUGGAGAUGAACUGCCGAUCAAGGAGAUACUGACUGAGGCACCAGAAAAUGAUCGUUUCCACUGGAGGAAAUAUGGUGAGAAGAAUAUCCUCUAUUCUGAAUAUCCAAGGUUAUACUACAAGUGCGGGUACAGCGACGACCACAAGUGCCCAGCGAAGAAAUACGUGCAGCAGCAAAGCAACAGCUACCCUCCGAUUUUCUUGGUCACCCUGAUCAACGAGCACACGUGCGACGCCUUGUUCCGAGACGACGAGCCCAUCAUCAGCUCAAGCAGCAGUGGCUCGUCGCAGGUCCUCGACUUCACGAAGGCGUCGCUUUCUUCUCCUCUCCAUUGAUGUUGGCGGCGGCGCGGCUGCAGGGGUUGGAAGAAAUAGAGAUGCAUGGAAGAAGACAGAUUUCGUGUUCGGAUGAUGAGUACUACUAGCUAGCUAAGCUAGUCGUCUUCAAUUCGUUGCCCACGAUGAUGUCGGCAGAUGAGCUCCGCGCACUCAGCAGCAGGGAUUAUUAUCAUUAUACAUUCCGAGUUUCCAAGCAGCAGCCAGGCAGAUUCUCGCGGCAAUAAUUAAGAGUUUUAGUA